ACUGGAAGGCGAGCGAGGAGAGAGCGUGAAGGAAGAGCCUGGCGGGGGCGCUCGCUUUCAACGGACACGCAAACAUCGUACGGAGAUUUUCCGUUCCCGGGAGUCGCGGAGGAGCGAACAGCGGCGAUGUCGGUGAAUAUGGACGAGCUGAGACAUCAAGUGAUGAUUAACCAGUUUGUUUUGACCGCGGGCUGCGCGGCGGACCAGGCGAAGCAGCUUCUGCAGGCGGCGCACUGGCAGUUCGAGACGGCUCUGAGCUCCUUCUUCCAAGAGGCCAACAUCCCCAGUCAUCACCAGAUGAUGUGCACUCCACGCAACACUCCCGCCACGCCGCCCAACUUCCCCGACACCAUCACUAUGUUCUCGGCGGGGGAGACGCGCGGAGGGCCGGAGGUGUAA